AUGUUCCCAAAUUCAUCAAAAUCAUCAACGCAAGGACAAAACAAUGUUAUGUUUGAUGAUAACAAUAAUACAAAAUCAUCACCUACACCAUCAUCUACACCAAUAUUAUCAUCAGCAACAACUGCAAAAGAAUUCAAAGUAGAAGAAGAUGACGAGGAAAUAAAAGAAGAUGCAUAUAAUGAGGAAACAGGAGAAAUUAAUUGGGACUGUCCUUGUCUAGGAGGAAUGGCAAAUGGACCUUGUGGCGAACAAUUCAAAGCGGCAUUUUCUUGUUUUGUUUAUUCAAAAGAAGAGCCAAAAGGUGUUGAUUGUCUUGAUGCAUUCAAAGAGAUGAACAAUUGUUUCAAACAACAUCCUGAUGUAUAUCAUGAUGGAAUUGAUUCAAACAUUAUUAAAUUUAGACAUAUAGCUCUGGUUUCAAAAUGGAUAGAACAUAAAGAAAAUUAUGUUGGUGUGACAAAACAAAGCAUAAAUUUUAAUUUGCUGUUGCGUGGCAGUAAGGAUGAAAAUAGCUGGAUGGUUGCUAGUUCAGCCUGGCCAGUACCUAAUCGACCAAGACAUAGUUCAACAUUUGGAAGUUUUGGACGUUUAUCAUCAUAUGAUUCAAGUCCAUAUCAGAGCACAAUCGACAGUUUUAUAUUUUCAUUGGGAAAUGGACAAAAUAUGGCAAAUGCAAAAUUAAGUAGAGUCUUGCAGGAUAAUAUACAAUUUGCUGUUUGUUCUUCUCAGAGACUUGGCCCGUGUUUUGGACAAACAGAUUUGAGAAUGAAUGAUAGUUUUAACUUGCCAGCAAAAUGCACAUGUCAAUGUUACGAUUAUGAUAAAGAAAUUUGUGAAUCGCAAAGUUUUUCAGUUGAAGAAUUUGAAGUUUUUCAAGUUGUAAAUAAAGAUGAUCCAGCAUUAAAUGCUCCAUCACCUGUUCAAGUGCCAAGAGAAGUUCCAAAUUAUCCAACUGCUUGGUGA